UAAUUCACUGAUACAACCUUAGAGAAGGAUGGCUUGUUACUAUUCAUUAGAAGCUAGCUAUUAUUAUAGUGUUUCUAACCGUAUUGUGCUACUCAACAGCAAGUGAGCCUGAUAUCGAAACGCAAUGUUCAAAAUUCAAAUAUGACAAACAAAUGUUGGAGACGAUGGUCAGAAUGGAAGCUAAAAUGAAUCAGUGGAAUAAAGAAAAGGAAAACUUUGAAGAGAAUAUGCUAUCUGUAAUGGAACAUCGGAAGGUGGAAAUGAAACAAGAGUUUGCAAAACAAAAUCAACAGAUUGGUCAAAUGCUUGCUGACUACACAAAUUUCCGUGAAGAACUCAAUGACAAAACGGCCCAGCUUGAAAACCGUGUUGGUAAUUUCACAAAAACACCGAAGAUAGCGUUUAAUGCAUAUACAAGGUCCGGUAAAAACUAUGACAACGGCCAAACGUUCGUCUUCCCUGAUGUUUUACUCAACGAAGGUGGUGGAUAUGACAAAAUAACUGGAAUGUUCACAGCACCUGUGACUGGUCUGUUCUUUUUCAGCGUUCACAUUUGUCAAGAAGUAUCAAAAUAUGUGGUUGCAGCUAUUGUUCACGGACAUACUACCGUCGCAGUUACAAGUGAAUAUGAAAGUAUUGGAGCAAGUUGUAGCUCGGUCAUGGCUCCGGUAAAAAUGACUGCUGGUGAACGCGUGUACGUGAAAUGUCCAUAUCCUAGCGUGUUACGAGCUGAUUCAAGUCAUAGAUGGCCGUCCUUUACCGGUGUUCUUCUGAAUAUCUAAAACAUGUCGUACAUUUGACGAUGAUAUUUCAUUGAUAAAA